CCCGACUCGUCCCCACUCGGCCACCCGACACCCGGCUCGCUCCACCUCACCGCGCACCACCUCGUCUUCAAGCGCGACGACGUCGACGCGAGCACCGACAGUGGCGACGAGGUCUGGAUCCCGCUCACGCUCCUCCACUCGGUGACGCGCACCCCGCCCUCCCUCACCGGCGAGCCGACGCCCCUCGUCCUCCGCACGCGCGACUACCUCACCUACGAGCUCUCGUUCGCCUCGAUCGCCGACGCCGACCUCGCGUGGGACACGCUCAAGGCGCAGUGCGGCACCCUGUCGAGCGGCGGGCUCGAGGCGCGGUACGCGUUCGCGCAGCCGAGGAGGACGGCCAAGGGCGAGGGCGAGGGGGACGGCGCCGGCAAGGGCAAGGGGCGCGCAGACGGGUGGGAGGUGUACGACGUCGAGAAGGAGUUUGCGCGCAUGGGCAUGGGCACGAGGAGCAAGGCGUGGAGGUUCACCAACGUCAACGCCGACUUUCAGUUCUGCCCGUCGUACCCGGCCAAGAUUGUCGUUCCCGCCAAGAUCUCGGACACGACGCUGUCGUACGCCGUCAAGUACCGCAGCAAGAGCCGCAUCCCGGGCCUCGUCUACCUCCACUGGGCCAACCUCGGCUCGAUCACGCGCUCGUCGCAGCCCAUGGUCGGCAUCACGCAGAACGCGCGCUCGAUCCAGGACGAGAAGCUCAUCGAGGCCAUCUUCACGUCGCACUCUCAGCACUCGCACGCGCUCCAGCCCAUGCACCAGAUCGUGUACGGCGCGACGCCGAGCAACAUCAUCAUCGACGCGAGGCCGACCAAGAACGCGUACGCCAACUCGGUCAAGGGCGCCGGGACCGAGAACAUGCUCUACUACCGCAACUGCAAGAAGGAGUACCUCGGCAUCGACAACAUCCACGUCAUGCGCUCGAGCCUGAACGGCGUCUUUGACGCUCUCGCCGACGCCGAGUCGACGGGCACGCUCGACCGAGCCGCUCUGCGCCGCACCAACUGGCUGUCGCACCUGACCAACAUCCUCGACGGCGUCCUCAUCGUCGUCCGCACGGUCCACCUGUUCAACUCGCACGUCCUCGUCCACUGCUCGGACGGCUGGGACCGCACGUCGCAGCUGUCGGCGCUGCCGCAGCUGUGCCUCGACCCGUACUUCCGCACGGCGCGCGGGUUCGCCGUCCUCAUCGAGAAGGACUGGGUCUCGUACGGCCACCGGUUCGCCGACCGGUCGGGCCACCUGUGCAACGACCGCGUCGACUUUGUCCACAAGCUCGGCACGGACGCGUCGACGCAGCAGGCGUUCCUCGCGAGCGUCACGCGCCAGUUUGCCGGGUCGUCGCACGCGUUCAAGGAGACGUGCCCGGUCUUUCAGCAGUUCCUCGACUGCGUGUACCAGGUCCAGCGCCAGUUCCCGACCCGGUUCGAGUUCAACGAGCGCCUGCUGCGCCACCUCGUGCGCGAGACGUACGGCGACGCCCAGGGCACGUUCCUCUUCAACUCGGAGCGCGAGCGCGCGGAGCUCGACGCCCGCUCGCGCACGGCGAGCGUGUGGGAUACGGUCUUUGACCCGGCGACAGGCACCCUCAAGCCCGAGUUCCGCAACCCGGCGUACGAUCCUGCGCUCGACGACCCGCACCGCAAGUCGCCCGACGCCGACCAGGGCGUCGUCCUGGUUGACGCGCACGACGUCCGAUGGUGGCACGAGCUGUUUGGGCGUGACGACGACGAGAUGAACGGC